GACUUGGCUCUCAGACUCCGUGAUCGCCGGUCGCUUCUCGAAAACCUCAGAGACCGUCUUGAUAAGAAUUUUAACACAGAUACAGAGAAAAAUAAAAAUUCACCAAGAUAAUUUUAUUGCCUGACUCCCAGAAGGCUGAUCCAGGGAUUAUUCCCCACGACAAAUUGCUGUUUUCACUGUUGAAAAAAAUUAGUGGAAAGUACCCAAAGUGACUGUGAAAAAGUUUUCUUUUUUUUUUGCUACGGAAAAUUAGUCCAGGACAAGAGUUUUCUUUUUGGUGUGUGAUUUUUUUGCCCUGAAAAAAAGUUCUGGAAGGAAAACCUCCCUCAAGUGUGUGCGUGAAAAUUUGAUACUUUUUUUUUGUGGAGUUUUCUUGCCUUCAACCCCUUUUUGUGUGCCGUAUUGAGAGGGUAGUGGAUGGGUUUUUCUAGACAGGAACUUUCCUGAACAAUGAAUUGACUGUAUAUCCGACAAAUUGCCGAAUUUUCUGCUCCAUCAUUGACCGAUUUGUCCAGAGAAAAGAGACUUUACCCCUUGGAGAGACAGCAUAAGGAAAGGCUUUCCUGCACCUAGCCCCCCUUGGACGAAAAGAGGUCUCCAUUUGAGGGAGACAGAAGCACAAGAGAGGGAGAUAGGUGGGUACGAAUUUUUUUUUCGUACUGGGUGAGAAAGCUCCAUUGAAUGAGGAGAGUGUGAAAAAGCUCCGAGUGAGAGAGAGACCACGAGAAAGGGAUAGAUAGUGGGACUUUUGAGGGCAAAGUUGAACUUUUCUUCGGGUGCGGCCAUUACAGUGCAGACAGUCGUGUGAAAAGUGCCGAACGGAAAAUUUUCAUCCAUCCACAAGAGUCCAGAGUUGCCCAUUGACGGCAAGAGUCAAAAGCCCUCCUCUGAAGCUCUGCAAAAGCACCAAAAAGAGCCAGAGGUAGAAAGCGCUCCCGAGCUUGACCGAGUCCAAAAAAUAUUCAGAGAAACCAGUCCAUUCUAGAUACGUGCAAAAGCUCCCAAGGGUAGUCCUUUCGGAGUUACGGAGACAGUUUUUCUCGCGAGUGAUUCAGUGUUGACCGUUUCUUGUCCGGCUUAGACAACCCAAAGCGGUAGGUCAGAGAAUCGGAAGACCCUUGAGGGAGGUAGCGCAGUGAAUAGGUUGAAGAUGGAGGAGACCAACGGGGCUCCGGUGGAGGUGACGUCGAACGGAGUGGCACCGGCGGAGGGUGGACCGGGGUCUGAGGUAGCCGAAGGAGGACCACCAAGUAUGGUUGGUAUUGGACCGCCGAGUCCCCUUACGGGAUGCUAUCUACUCAUUGUGAUUGGAGAGCCUUAUUCCCAAGAGCAUAAGGACAUCAUUAUACAAAGACUUGUGAAAGGAUUCCUAUCUUGGGACGUGUCAGACUGUCAUGUUGAUUUGGAGGAGGAGUUGAAUACGAUUACCCUUCAUGCGCCAGAGGGUGAAGAAGCUCGUCAUGGUGAACGAUUGAUACAGUACGCUAGUGAGAAUUUAGUUACGGAAAUUCUGAUUCAUCCUCAGUACAAUACAUUGAUUCAAUGUAUGAGAAAUCUCCUGAGCAGUUUCACUCGUCACAGACACAUCAUUCAUGCUGGCUAUACGUUCUCCGGAAAUGGAUCUUGGAUCUUGCAGGAUGGAACGUUCUCCGUGUCGGAUUUCUCUGAAGCCUUCCAGGAGCACGAAGUUCAGCGUGUCCUCCGUGCAUAUCCGGACACCAUCACCAUGGAUAUCCACUGUGCCGCUGCUGGACUCUGGACAUCCCUUCCGGACAAAGGUUAUGCGAAACUUUGCAAGAUUCGCAUCAAUCCGGUGGAUGUUCUCAAUUCUGGGAGCGAAAAGAUCAACGCAUUUAUCGACUACUUGGCGCCCAUGGUGAGUCCGGCGAGUCUUCAUGAGCUGCUGGAGACAUCAGAUGUCGUCGGAAAUAUCCGCUUCAGUCAUCCAACACUCUAUGUCUUCCCAGGGGGACAAGGCGAUGCGGCUCUCUUUGGAAUCAACGGUUUUAACAUGUUGGUCGACGGAGGAUUCAACCGGAAGGCAUGCUUCUGGGAUUUUGCCCGACAUCUAGACCGUCUGGAUGCCGUGCUAAUGACCCGACUCAACAACUGCAACAUCAACGGCAUUAGUGCCGUGGUUGAGCGUAAGCAGCACGGACAAGUGUACCCCCAAAUCGGACACUUCUUCUGCAACAUCCCAGAACGCAAGAGCAUCCUAAGCCCCGACGGUGAUAAAGAUCGCGAUCCCCUUCUCAUUGACCUCAACGAGAAGGGUCACCAGCUCGUGGCGAACCUCCGUGGUAUCAACCUGAAGCCUCAGGUAUGCUACAGGGACAUCGAACCUAUCAACCUAUACCACAAAGUGGGACAUGGAACUCUCGAUAUGUAUGUGAUAAGUCCAUCUCGAGAUGCCAAAGAGGUGAAGGAGUUCCUGCACAAAUGGGCAGCCGGUGAUUCGAGUUUGUUUAUGUCACGCGAUGCCAAAGAGUUCAGCUUCCCCAUACAGAAUCUUGUCUCCAUCUGUGCCCUACUGGUAUGGCAACCAGCCAAUCCUGAUGACACCAUCACCCGUAUCCUCUUCCCCGGCAGUACUCCUGACUACAAAAUCAUCGAGGGCUUGGAGAAGAUCAAGCAUUUGGAAUUUAUGAAGUCCCCUGUGUGCAGUGCCAAGUCAAUUGCACCAAGUUUGACACAAUCUGCCUAUGCCAAGAAGGCACUCAGGGCUGCAGGACCACCACCAAUGGACAAUGCCAAGAUGCUUCAGGAAGCAAUUCUGCCAUCCAAAGCUCCGGCCAAAGUGCCCCCUGAGAAGGACAAUCGCACCCUAGACAACAAACUUAAACCAUCUCAACCGGACAAUAAGAUCAAAGAGAGUAAACUCAAUGGACAGAUGGAGAGCUCAAGUGAGGACCUGAAGAUAGAGAAGUCCAAGGCAAUCAAAGCCCCAGUCAAAACGGUCAAACCCAAGCUGGUGGAGAAGAAGAGUGAUACUGAAGCAAAGUCUGACGACGAGAGGAAAGACGGUGAAGUGCCCAAGAGUGUUGAGGAUGACAAGAAGGUGGAUGAGACAGAGACAGAAUCUAGCAAGGAUACCGACGGUGAAACUAAAGUCAAACCCAAGAGUGAGGUCAAGGCCAAGAGCAAGGUGGACACCAAAGCCCCAAUCAGGUCUCGAAUUGAUUCUCGGCCACCAAAAUCCAUGGCUGUGAAGAAGGAUGUGACUGAGAAGAAGGAAGCAUCCACUACCAAGUCCUCCCCAACUUCCACACCAAAGAAGACAUCCGAUACCAAGAUGGUCAAUGGAACAGCCACAAAGGCCGAAGCAAAGCCUAAGGUUGUGUCUCGGCCAAUGCGUUCUAGUCCAGGGAGUACCCCAGCCAAGAGUGCCAAAGAGGCCAAUAACCGCAAAGUGCUGGAAUCCAAGCAGAAGACCGCAGCCCCAGCCAAGGCUCCUGCCAAGCCAUCCGAGAAGAAGGAACCCAUCAAGGUGGAACGCAAACCCAUUUCUCGACGUCCAAAAGGAGAAUCUCCACCUCGAAGAGUAGGUCCUGGGAGUCCCAUAAAAUCAAGAAUUAUGGGUAAGGUAGACAGGGAUGCCAAGCUCCGAAAGGCAAAGACUGACAAAGGAGGUACCACAGACUCCAGCCUGGUUUCUACUCCGAGUGCCGAUGAUGCCGCCAAGAAGGUCACUAUUGAGGCAGCAGAGAAGGAGAUUGAUCCAGAGAAGCAGAGGGAACUGGAUGAACUCAAGGAGGAACAGGAAGCAGUCCGCGAGAUUGAGGCUGUGUUCAAGCGAGACCAAGAAAAAGCCAGGCAGAAGCAAAUUCUAGCUGAACAUCGUGAUCUCGCUGCAGACAUAUCUAAGCAAGACAGCACAACUGAAGCUGAGGAAGAGGAAGAGUACUUGAUCAUCGAGAAGGAAGAAGUAGAGCAGUACACUGAAGAUUCCAUCAACGAGCCCGAGAGUAGCAUGACAAAGGAAGAGGAGAUCCAGAAAUAUCAGCGUGACUCUGAGGAAUCAGAGAAGAAACGCAAAGCUAGUCAGGAAGCCGUAGAAGAAGAAAAGGCAGAGGUUAAGGCUAAGGAGUUGGAGGAAGUUGCUGAGGAUAAGCCAAGAGUGGUGCAGAUUAUCGAAGGACCAGCAACAAUUGAGAUUGAGAAGGCAGAACAAGAAAUUGAGGAUGAAUCUCAAUUGAAGGAAAAGGUUAGCGAGGAAGUUCAGGACAUUAUCUCAUCCGCCAAAGAGAUUGCCAAAACCAAGACAGAAGGUGAACCAGCCAAGACCGAAGAGUUCUCCACCCCGAGCCCAGAAGACAAAAUAAGCAGUACCAAGAAAACUACAGACACCAAGGAAGACGGAGAAGUCGAGGGAGAGCAAGCAGGGGCAGUUAAGGAUGCGGCUGAGCAGAAUCUCGCUGAGAGUCAGCCUGAUGAGAAAAUCUCGGCUACAAUUGAAUCUGGUGCAACAACUGCUCCUACAUUGCCUGAAGAUGAACGUAUUCCUCUUGAUGAGAUCAAGGAAGAUCUGGUUAUUGAGGAGAAGUACGUUAAGGAGGAGACAAAGGAGGCAGAACUGCCUGAUAGUGCUACAGCUGUGGCGGCUGUUCCAACAAUAGCUGCAUCAUCGCCACCCAAAAUAUCCGAUCCUGCAGCUGAGCGAACUAUGCCCAGUCGAAUGCAGUUCCCAGCCCAUCAGACACCCAUUAGGGAUAUUAUCAAGACACCCGAUGAGGUGGCCGACUUGCCAGUACAUGAAGAAGUAGACUAUGUGACAUAUGAUACCGUUUCUGCUCCUGAGAGCAAAGAUGCUGUGAUUGCUGAUGCAAAGAGCAAAGUUGAGACUGAAGUAGAUAGGAAAGAACUUGAUAAGACUAAAGAGACGGAGGAACCAAAGACUGUGACUGAAGUGAAGGAGGAGCCGAAGAAAGAUGACGUCAAGGACGAGAAAACUACUUCGCCUCCUGCUGAGAAGGACCUUGUAGCUGAGGUCAAAGACCUUGGCGAAAGUGUCAAGGAAUCCCUGGUAAAAGAAGCCGAAACUGUUGACAAGAAAGUUCAAGAGAAAGUUGAAGAAGUGAAAGCCAAGGUUUCUUCAGAAGCUGAGAAACUCGAGGAAGCUGCCGCCCAAGUCAAAGAGGAUGCAAAAGAGAAAGCCCAAGAAGUUCAAGAAAUUGUCGAGGAGAAAGUUCAAGAAGCUAGUAAGGCCGCAGAGACGGUCGCAGAUAAAGUAUCUGACAAACUGGAAGAUAUAUCAAAGGAAAUUGAUGAGAAAUUUAAGGAAACAACAGAAAAAGUUGAUUCAAAGAUUGCAGAAAUCACCAAAGAUGUCAAAGAAAUGGAAGAGAAAGCUAAAGGCGGAAUUUCAUCCUUCCUGGGAGGAAUAGCUGACAACAUCAAGACUGGGAUAGAUAAGAUUGAGGAACUGACAAAGAAGACACCAAGUCCUGAAGAAGCAAUCCUCAAGGAAGCCCCAAAAGUUGAGGACAUCCCAGCAGCUGUUGAGAAAAUGCCACAACUCCCUCCAUAUGAGAUUAAGGGAUUCACAACGGAACUUCGAGAGACCCAUAUCACUACACUGGAUUCUCCAGUCAAGGAGGCCGAGCGACUUAUAGGAACAGAUGUUAAGAUCCUUGAGAAACUACCUGAACAUGCAGAUGAGGAGAAGGAAACAUCACCACCUCGUGGAACAAUGUCAUCUUUCCAGAUUGAAGACAUUAAGUAUACUCCAUUUGAACGAGAAGACUCCAAUCUCAAUGAUAUCAAGGAAGAAGAUGAAGAAGAGAGAGAAUCUCCGCCACGUAAGACACCUGAAAUCAAGGAAGCCAAGGGAGAAUCUCCAAUACCGACAAUUAUCGCUGAAGCUGAACCAGAAGAAUCAAAGUCUCCAGAGACCACAGAAAGGAAGGCAUCCAUCGAAUUCAAAGAGACUUCCAAAUCCCCAGAACUAAAGGAGCCCAAGAGAUCUGUCUCACCAAGAACACCUGAAGAAGUGGCCAAGAUCGUCGCUAAUGUAGCCGAGGUCUUGAAAUCCGAUAAAGAUCUGGAGGAAAUCAUCCCUGAUUUUGAUCCCGAAGAACUGGAGAGAAAGCUCUCUAGGGAGAGUGCAAGAAGCGAGACGGAAGCCCCAACUGUACAGAGAAUGCUGGUAACAGCAAGCAGCGAAGAUGGAGGAGAAGAGAUUGAGAUAUGUCCUCAGGGUAGUAUCAUAUUCACCCCCGAAGUCGUCUCGGGAAAAGCCUCCCCGGAUGUCACAAAGGAUCAGAAGGAGGCACCAAAACCAACUGAAGAAAAGCAAGAACCCAGCGUUGACCUUAGUCUCGAUAUGGAUUCGCAGAAAUCCUCUUCAACAAGUAUCAAGUCAAUUCCCAGUGAAUCAAAGCCAGAGUCUGGUAAAUCAUCUCCAGACAUCAAAACAUCUCCGAUUUCCGUUGAAGAAAAGGAUAAGCAUGAGCUUUCAGAGAAAGUACAACAGAAAGUUGAUGAAGUCAAAGCGAUUGAGAAAGAUGUUAAGGACGCUGUAGAGGAAGCGAAACAAGAUCUAAAGGAAGAUGGCAAAGAAAUCGAAGAGACCAAAGUUGCAAAAGAGGACCACAAAGCGCCUCCUUCACCAGGAAAAGAUAUCACAGAUCAAGCUAAGCCAUUAGAGGUUGGUGACUCUCGCAGGGAAUCAGCCUUGAGUCUUUUGAGUGAAAAAGACAUGACCAGAGAUGAGACAUCUCUUGGAAUAAGUCCUAAAGAUUCAUCUAGACCCCAUUCAUCGGCAAGUCACGCGAGUGUAAAGUCCAUUGAAGAUAUCGAAAAAGAUCAUGAACAGCCAGAAGAUAAGUCUGAUGUCAAAGUGGAAGAUGAUGGAAAGAAAUCGCCUCCCAAGGAUGACAAAGCUACAUCUCGUCCAGAAUCCGUUAUCAGCGUGAAAGAUCAAGAACUUGCGCCCUCAAAGGAGCCUUCUCGUCCUGAAUCUGCAGAUCUGGCUAAACAAACAUCAAGACCAGCCUCCGUUGUUAGCGAGAAAGAUGAGAAAGCUUCAAUUGCUUCCAAAGAACCUUCUCGUCCAGAAUCUGCUGCCAGUGAUAAGAAGGACGUCAGCAAAGCAGCAACUCCUUCGCCGACUCCUCCCAAAGAUACUUCACCACCGGAAUCCAAAGCUCCAGCUUCCAAAGAGCCAUCGAGACCAGAAUCUGCAGCCAGUCUUCCUGGCGAAAAAGACAAAUCCCCUCCAGCGGAAUCCAAAACACCCGCAAAGGAAUCUUCUCGCCCAGAAUCUGCUGCAAGUCAUGUUGAGGAUAAAAUUCCUGCCGAGUCUUCUCGCCCCGAAUCAUCAGCAAGUGAGAAAGCAGAGAAGGCAGAGUCCAAGCCAUCAUCUAAAGAAGCGUCAAGACCUGAAUCCGCUACUGCAGAGAAGGAGGAAGUCAAAGUUGAAGCAGCUUCAAAGGAACCAUCCAGACCAGAAUCAGCAGCUAGCACCAAAUCCGACAAACAAGACGAUCUCAAAGUGUCUUCAAAAGAAUCCUCUCGCCCAGAAUCUGUUGCAAAAGAAUCAGACAAACUGGAUGCUGCUCCUGCAACUUCUCGCCCAGAAUCUGCUGCAAGUCAAGUGAGCGACAAAGAUGCUGCCGUGAAAGCCGAGGAAGAAACGAAAACUCCUUCCAAGGAAGCUUCCCGACCACAAUCAGUUGCCGGAGAAAAGGAAGAGAGUGUCAAACUUGAAGAAAGCUUGAAAGCUCCUUCUAAAGAACCAUCCAGGCCAGAAUCUGCAGCAAGUGCAAAGGAUGACGCCUUGAAGCUAGAUGAAGAAACGAAAGAAUCACCAAAAGAAGUUUCCAGACCAGAAUCUGCUGUCAGUGCGAAAGAAGAAACUCUAAAAGUAGCGGAAGAUACCAAGGAAGCUUCUAGACCAGAAUCUGCAGCCAGUGGUAAAGAGGAAGCUCCAAAAGUAGCUGAAGACAUCAAAGAAGCUUCGAGACCAGAAUCUGUAGCAAGUGCUAAAGAGGAAGCACUGAAAGGUGCAGCAGAAAGCAAGGAACCCUCAAAAGACUCCUCUAAAGAAGCUUCAAGACCAGAAUCUGCUGCAAGCGCUAAGGACGAACAACAAAAAAUUGAACCACAAAAAGAAAGCUCUAGACCAGAAUCAGUCGCCAGUGCUAAGGAAGACAGUCCUAAACUAGAAGAAACUUCAAAAGCUCCAUCUAAGGAAGCUUCAAGGCCAGAAUCCGCUACAAGCGCUAAAGAAGAAGGUCUUAAAGUAUCUGGAGAAUCUAAGGAAGCCUCAAGACCAGAAUCUGCAGCAAGUACUAAGGAUGAGGCUCCUAAGGUUGAUGAUGUAGUUAAGGAUUCAAAACAAGGAUCACCUAAGGAUGCUUCUAGACCGGAAUCCGCAGCAAGUACUAAGGAGGAGGCUCCAAAAGUUGAUGGAGAAGUUAAGGAUUCAAAGCAAGGAUCACCUAAAGAUGCAUCUAGACCGGAGUCUGCAGCAAGUGCUAAGGAACAAGCUCUCAAGGUUGAUGGUGAAGUCAAGGAUUCAAAGCAAGGAUCACCUAAGGAUGCCUCUCGACCGGAGUCCGCAGCAAGUGCUAAGGAUGAGGCUCCUAAGGUUGAUGGUGAAACCAAGGAUUCAAAGCAAGGAUCACCUAAGGAUGCUUCUAGACCGGAGUCUGCAGCAAGUGCUAAGGAAGAAGCUCUAAAGGUUGACGGUGAAGCCAAGGAUUCAAAACAAGGAUCACCUAAGGACGCUUCUAGACCUGAAUCUGCAGCAAGUGCUAAGGAAGAAGCUCUGAAGGUUGAUGGUGAAGUUAAGGACUUGAAACAAGGAUCACCUAAGGAAGCAUCAAGACCAGAGUCUGCAGCAAGUACUAAGGAGGAGGCUCCUAAGGUUGAUGGUGAAGCCAAGGAUUCAAAACAAGAAUCACCUAAGGAUGCCUCUCGACCGGAGUCCGCAGCAAGUGCUAAGGAAGAGGCUCCUAAGGUUGACGGUGAAACUAAGGAUUCAAAGCAAGAAUCACCUAAGGAUGCUUCUAGACCGGAGUCCGCAGCAAGUGCUAAGGAGGAAGCUCCCAAGGUUGAUGGUGAAGCCAAGGAUUCAAAGCAAGGAUCACCUAAGGACGCUUCUAGACCUGAAUCUGCAGCAAGUACUAAGGAAGAGGCUCCUAAGGUUGAUGGUGAAACCAAGGAUUCAAAGCAAGGAUCACCUAAGGACGCUUCUAGACCGGAGUCUGCAGCAAGUACUAAGGAGGAGGCUCCCAAGGUUGAUGGUGAAGCCAAGGAUUCAAAGCAAGGAUCACCUAAGGAAGCCUCUAGACCUGAGUCUGCAGCAAGUGCUAAGGAGGAGGCUCCCAAGGUUGAUGGUGAAGUCAAAGAUUCAAAACAAGAAUCAACUACGGAUGCUUCUUCAAAACAAGACAGUCCUAAAGUUGAAGAGGAUCAAAAAAUGCCUUCUAAAGAAUCAUCUCGAUCCCCAUCUGUUGCUGGUGAUAAAGUAGAUAGCAAGACGGGAUCUAAGGAUCCAUCUAGGCCAGAGUCAGCCGCAGGAGAAAAGAAGGAAGAUGAAGUAAAGGCUCCAUCCAAGGAGACUUCUAGACCAGAAUCAGUCGCAGAAGGAAAGAAAGAAGAUGAGGCAAAGGCUCCAUCCAAGGAACCAUCUAGGCCAGAAUCAGUCGCAAGCACCAAAGAGGAAUCUGCAAAAGUUGAAGAGGAAACCAAAAGUCCGCCCAAGGAAGCAUCCAGACCAGAAUCUGUAGUUAGUCAUGUAAGUGACAAGGAGACAGAUUUGAAGGUUAAAGAGUCAUCUCGUCCAGAAUCAGCUGCAAGUGAUAAGGGUAAGGACGCUUCGAAGGAAGCGUCAAGACCAGAUUCAGUAGCUAGUCACGUAAGUGACAAAGAAGAACCAACUAAGGAAGAACCUGGACAAAAAGACGUCCCUAGACCUGAAUCUGCGAAGAGUGGAGAUAUCAAGGAGCAAGAGGAGCAAACAAAAGCUCCUUCCAAAGAAGCAUCACGCCCAGAGUCAAGAAUGAGUGAGAAAGACGCACAAGAAGAAAAGAAAGCAUCUCCAGAUAAAGAUAAACUGGAAGAGUCUAAGUCGCCACCUAAAGAAGUAAGUCCUGAACCAAAGCCUCCUGCAAAAGAAUCUUCACGUCCAGAAUCAGCCAUUGAGGAUGCAGGAGACAAAGCUACAGUAGACUCUAAGAGCGCCUCAAAAGAAACUUCCAGGCCUGAAUCUGUUGCAAGCGCGAAGGAUGAAGGCAAAGAAAUCGCAUCUAAAUCACCCGAACCAACCAGUGUUCCGGAACCAUCAAAGAGUCCAGCAAUCACAGAAACACCACAACCAUCAAAGACCCCUGAAACCUCAAAAGCACAAGAGAAAUCAUCUUCUCGUCCAGAGUCAGUCGCCAGUGUCAAAGAUGAUGAACAACUGAAGCCAUCCUCAAAGGAGUCAUCUCCACGUCCACAAUCAGUUGCUUCCGCUGAAGGUGAAAAAGCCACAGAAAAAUCUCAGGAAAUCAGAGAAACAUCACGUCCAGUUUCUGCAACUAGUCAAGUGAGUGAUACUCAUGAUAAACCCAUUUCAGCCGAUCUCAAGGUAGAAUUCAAGGAAUCAUCGCGUCCAGCAUCAUCAGCUAGUCAUGUGGAUGAUGACAAAGGGAAGAAGACACCAAGUCCAGAAGUCGCCAAAGAGAGCUCACGUCCAGAAUCACAGCAGAGUCAUGAGAGUGAUAGGGAUGGAAUGAGAGUCCUUCCACAUCCAACUCCAGCUCCUAAGAAAAUUGAGACAUCUCGCCCAGGAUCAGCUCUUAGCGAUGUCGACGAGAAGUAUCCAAUGGAGAUGUCCAUUUCACCGCGUCCGGAUUCAGUGGCAAGUCAUGCCAGUGACAAAUCUCCAAGCCAUGGGGCACGUUCCCGGUCUUCAUCGGUAGCGAGUGAUCGAGAUGAGGACGAAAAAGCACUAAUCAAGGAAAUCCGCUCAAAGUCUGUGUCAUCGAUAAUGGUCACGAGUAUGUAUGGAGCAGCCUGUGAUUCCCGACCUCUAUCCGCUCUGGAUGAAGUAGUUGAGUACACAAAAGACGACGCUGAGGCCCUUUCCAAGGUCAUCACUGAACAACGCCCACUGAGUGGUUGCGACACGUUCACAGACAAGGAGAUCCCGGACCAGAAAUACCCAGACACUCUGGACAUUGAGAGGAAACUAUCCAUCUCCCCGGAGAAUGAAGUUUGCGGGAAGUUAUCUCCAGAACUCAGUACAAGUGGGAAAUCAUCUCCACUUUCAUCGUCUGAUAAGAAGUCUGAAGAAAAAUCCGUCGUAGACAAGCUUGCUGAAAGCUUUAAGGCUGAAGUCCAGGAAAUUUCAUCCCAAGUGGAGAAGGUAGCUGAGACAGUUACUGAGAAAAUCACGGAAAAAAUUGAACAGAUAUCUGAAAAGAUCGAGAUCUCUGAGAAGAUCGAAACAACCAAGGUUGAAAUCGCUUCGAUGUCGUCAAAGGAAGUCCCAGACGAUCUAAAGCUGAAGGACGCGAAAGUUAGUGAGGACAAGAAGGAAAAAACUGACACAAAAACACCUCCAACAGCCCCUGUGAGUCCGGGAGUGAAAGCCACCCCAUCAACAGAUGCCUCGACAAUCUCCUCACCAAAAGACGUGUCGGGUAAAUCGAGUCCAGGUGCUUCUGGUGGAGUUACAAGCUCUGAAAGUGUCUCGAAGUCCAUUGCAACAUCGUACGGAUUAGGGUCUGCAGGAGAACCCUCAGAAGCUUCACCUCAGCCAACCUCACCGUUCCCCAAGGUGAGUCCAGGUGAGGAAUCAAUCGAAACAGUCACGACAACUGUGACAUCAAGUACUGUGGUAUCAGAGACGAAAGUUCUUGAAGAAAAGGAGAGUAGUAGUGGUAUAUCUACAACGGUAACAAAGAUGGAGAUAAUGACAGUAGAUAAGCCGAAAGCUGAAGGUGAAACUCAGCAAAAGGUAGAAGAAGUCGCUUCAGCUGUUGAUGAUAAGCUCGUUAGCGAUGAGGAAGUAGCCAGUUCUCCACUCAGUGCAGCUUCACAUGCUUCAAAAUUCACCUACGACUACGAUCUCCAGAGAUCAAGCUCAGGCGUCAGCAAACGUUCGGAAUUCGACUUGGACGAGAGCCAAGACGACAUUCCACCUCAGUAUGGAAGUGAGGAAGUAAAGUCCGCCAUUCCCAUUUCAGCCACCUACAAGGCAGAUCCUAUGAGUGCCUCAAUCUACGGAGCACUCCCUGAUGAAGAGAAGACUACAGAAACCAUUGUGACCAGCAAAAUCACCCUAGAAUCUCUGGAGAGCAAGAAAUCAGCCGAUCACAAAUUCCUCGAUGAAGCUGACCUAGAUUUCGAGAAAGCUCUCGAAGAAACCCGCCAAGUUCGAGGACCUGAAGUCAUGUCCAGCAUCACAGCAAAGUAUGAGUUCUCACCAUCGAAACAGUCCACAAUUGUCCAGGAAGAAUCAACCUUCCACCUUGAGGAUAUCCAGAAAACUGUGAAGCAUCAAGUUACAGAAUCUUCAAGUGUCACAACAUCAGCCACUUCAUCAACAUCCACCACAACAUCAACAACAACAACCACUGUGGAAUCCCAGAAAGAAAAAGAGGAUCUCCUGGCAUCCUGGGGCAAACCCCUAGGACUGCCAUCACCUGCCCCAAUGGCAGCUGAAAAUGAGAUGAAGACUACACCGAAGAAGGAGCGAAAACUCAUCAUCAGCAAGACAAAGAUGAACAACGAAAAGAACCUGAGAAAGCGAUCGGAGUCACCGAUCAAGGGGAAGAAGAACACCAGUCCUGUCUACAUUGAUCUCACUUAUGUACCCCACCACGGGAACUCCUACUACUCCCAUGUGGAAUUCUUCAAACGCGUCCGGGCGCGAUACUACGUCUUUUCCGGCACAGAGCCCAGUCGUGAUGUCUACAACGCUCUCCUCGAGGCGAAGCAAACAUGGGAGAACAAAGACUUGGAAGUUACCAUCAUUCCCACGUACGAUACGGAUGUUCUUGGAUAUUGGGUUUCUGAGAAUGAGGAUCUCCUGGCAAAGUACCAUAUCGACCUGUCACCAUCUGCAUCGCGCUGCACAAUCAAUCUGCAAGAUCAUGAGACCUCGUGUUCGGCCUAUCGCCUGGAAUUCUAGGCUACGGGGAUGUUUGUAGCCUUUUCGUCGCGGAUGGAUUCAAAACACUCAGAUCCAGAGUAAAAAAAACAAAAUGGAUAGAGAGAAAAGUAACAUAAAAGUUGAGUAAGAAUUUCCAUAUUAAUUUUUUUUCUGUUAACCAUUUUCCAAUUGGCAAAAAAAAAGCACAGAAUACGAUGAACUAGUCAUGAAUGAUAGCUUUUUUUUUCAAAGUCGAAAAACUUAUUGGAAUGAUAUUGAAAAUAAAUUUGCAUUAUUUACCAAAGAAUAAAAAGUGAUUGAAAUAAAUUUAAAAAAAAAAAAUUUAAAAAAAUAUUGAAAAAACAAAAACUAAUGCACUUUAGUGGAAUAAAAUGUGCCUCAUGUCCACGUUUGUGUUUGUUACUUUUGAAACUUUCUUAUUAAUAGAGGAUGAUAAAACAGGAAGAGCAUAGGUAUCCAAAUUGACAAUUUAAAAUAAAAAAAAAGUAAAAAUAAAUCAAAAAGCUUUGUUGAAACUAUUUUUUUAAUUCUCAGAAAGGGAUAAAAAAUAGUGUUUUUUUUUGAGAGAGAAUUAUAUCCAUGUUGAAAAUGCUACAAUGAAAUCACUUAUAAGGAGGUUAUUCUGAUCAAAGUUGAGGAAGAAGGAUCAUCGAGAAACAUCAAAUAGCUUGCUAAACAAAUCCAUGAAAGAGCUUAUUUAAUAAAAGAAACACAAAGACAUUUAAAUGAAAGAAUUAAAUAACCUUAAAAAAAACCUUUAAAUAUUUUAUGCCAAAGAGAGAGAAAAAAUUCUUAAAAUCCACACAUUUUUUCACUAGAUUUUUUGAAAAAAAUUUAAAAAAUAAAAACAAAAAUCAUAAGUUCAAUUUCACAAUAGAAUUUCUCUUUAGAGCGUAAUAAGAAAAUGAAACAUUUCAGGACAAAUGUGUGGUUAAUAAAAAAAAAACGUGGUCAAUAAACAAGCUCCAGAGAGUUGUUAUAAAAUAUAUACCAAAUGAAAUAAAUGAUUUUUAGCUGACAAUUUAAAAAAAUAAAAAAAAACACUCACACCACUAUUAUAUCAAAUUUGAUGUUAUAGAAUUUAGAUGAAAUAUUUCAAACUUUUCAAAAGAACCUAAAUAAAAAAAAAAACAAGUUAUAUUAAAAAUAAAUUUAAAAAAAUACCGUUCAUAGAUGAAGAGCAAAACAAUUGGAAAGGCAUUCAAGAAUAAACUAUAUGAGAAUGAGUUUUAUUAAAAAUAAAAUCGAAGCAGCAAGUCAGUACCUAUUAAAUAGUUAUUUAAAAAAAAAUUGAAAAAAUAAUAAAAGAAAAAAUCACUAAGAACAAUUAAUUAGUAAAAAAUGAUGAAAAUCUUUCCUCCAAUUCAAUAAAAUGACAAUUAUAUACGUAGCAGAAAUAAUAAUCCAAAAAAACUCAAAAAAUAGAUUUUUUUGCCAAAACCCAAAAAAACAAAGUUUCUUAAAUGGAAAAAUUCAAAAGCACUUCAUAAUUUUGAACACUCGAAAUCACUCACAAAGAUUGAAAAAAAAACGAGAGAAAGAAUUAUUGAUGUUAAAUUAGAAAAAAAGAAAAUUUACAUUUAAAACAAAUUGGAAAAAUUAUAUAUUUGAAAAAAAAAGAAUUUAAAAUUCAAAAAUUAGUAAAAAAAAAACAAAAAUUUCUCAAAGAAAUAAAUCUCUAGUAAAAGAAUUCUCAUGAUAAAAAAUCAUUUAAAAAAAAAAACAUCACACAUUUCAUCAAAAUAUUAGCAUCAUUACGACCAAAGAGAUUGAAAAAAACCUAUUAAUUGUUGUUGAUCAUCAAGAAUUGUAUCAAGAAACUAUUUACCAAAAAAAUAACAAAUUAUAUAGUGAGAAAAACAAAAUGAUAUUAAAGUUUCUAAUCGUCUACAAUCAUUUAUCAUUGAAUUUCAUGAAUGAGACAAGCGGAUAAGAACAAAUUUUUAAUAAAGCAUGCAAAAAUUUUAUUAUUUUUUUAAUUUUGUUCCCAAAAUCCGGCACAAUUUAUCAAAUUUUAUUGGCAUGAUUCUCUCCUUCACUUUAAUCAAUUUAAAAAAAAAUCUACCAGCAAAAAAUCACCGUAGACGAUUUUCCAUCUAAUCUGAACCUCUAACAAUAUAGAAAAAAAAAACAAUUGUGAAGAAAAAAUACAAUUCAAAGCGUGCAUUGUGAUACAAAAAAAAUUAACUAAAAAAAGAAUAUAAAAAAUGAACCUGAAUUGAAGAAAAAAAAACAAAAAAAGUAAAAAAUAAUACUCUAGAGAGCAUUAACAAAUUUUAAUCAUUAUUUUUUAAUUGAUCUUAUGAAAAAAAUAAAUAAAAGGAGUAGUUAAAAAAAACAAAUCCUUUCCCAUAAUCUUUUUUAAUAAAACUAGCAAACUCCAAAAGAAAUCGAAUCAGACAAGGGUUCAAAUCGAUUUUAGAGCAAGAAAAGCUUCUAAAUUAGCAAAAAAAACAAAUUUUAAAAAAGAGCAACUUUAGAUAAAGAUCAUAAUAAAUUUCCUGACGACUUUUAAAUCACAAAAACAAUGCUUUGGCUUUAGAAAAAAUCGUCGUCAAAAUAGGCAUAAAAAGACCUUUUUUCAGACAAAAAGAAAAUAAA